UAUGGUUGAUGUGCCGGGUACGCCGGAAAUGACGGCCACGGAUGAUGGUGCUGGUAAUCUCAGGGUCCUCUCUGAGAGCACUGGCCCCACGAAGCAAGUUCCUCGGCCGUCCAAGAUCGACAUGCCUCCCGCUGGCGUGCCUGGUGAGCAGGACGACGAAAACCGCCCUUCUACGCCUGAGAUGACUGUUGCUGAUGACGACCAAGGUAAUUAUCAGGUUGUCUACGCAGGCAAGCCUCCUCCUAUUGAAAAGGAAGAGAUGAUGCGCCGUCCCAGGCGUGAAGACGGAAAAGUUGAGCUUACCUCGCGUAUGGCACCCAAGGCUGUUGGUUUUGGUUUUCCUACGUGGAAAAAGUGGAUGAUCUUGUGUGUCGUGUUUAUGGUGCAAGUCAGCAUGAACUUCAACACUUCGGUUUACCCGAACGCAGUGAAAUUCAUUUUUGAAGACGAGGAGCGUUUCUCAGGUGUAUCGGAGCAGGGCGCUCGUGUUGGACAAAUGAUCUUCCUCGUUGCCUACGCGUUCG